CUUGGCUUUAAGCCUAAAAAAUAUGACAGAGGAAUGAAAAGCAAGGGGGCAGAGCCGGCUACAGCUUCCUAACCAUACAACCACUGCCAAUUAUCUGUAGAUUCUACAAAGAAAUAAUAAAGGAAAUUUCCCAAUCUUGGUUAUCUGUCAUCAAUUAUUUUUUUUUUAUUUUUUUCUGUCAUUCUCUUCUUCAACUGGAAAUCUUAUCUCCAUUUUUAGCUUAUCAGUUGAAUAAAGUCAAUUAAUAUUGGGUAUUUAUUGUAUUUAAUGCACACAUACUAAUUCUUUGUGGGCAUUUUUUUGUGGAAUUGGGUUCAAGAACAUGACAAGUUGAUGAUUUUGGAGUGCAUCUAGUAAUUUUGAAGAAAAGACUUUUGAUUAAAAAAAAAAAAUUGAUCUUUGGGGGAGGUAAAUGGGUUGCUUUCCUUGUUUUGAUACAAGGGAGGAGGAAAAGCUAAAUCCCCAAAAACAGAGAGAUGGUCACAAGGAAGUUCAACCAAACAUCCCAUCCAACAUAGCAAAAUUGUCAUCUGGUGCAGACAGGGCCAAAUUAAGAAGCAAUGUCGGGAAAAGGAAAGAACCAUCGGGACCCGUAGACGCACCUGUUGUUCAAAUUGCUGCACAGACAUUUACUUUCCGCGAGCUCGCUGCUGCUACAAAUAACUUUAGGCCAGAGUGUUUCUUAGGGGAAGGAGGAUUUGGACGUGUCUACAAAGGGCAGCUUCCGAAUGGUCAGGUCGUUGCUGUUAAGCAGUUAGAUAGGAAUGGGCUUCAGGGUAAUCGAGAAUUUUUGGUGGAGGUUCUUAUGCUUAGCCUGCUACAUCAUCCUAACUUGAUGAACUUAAUUGGUUACUGUGCUGAUGGGGAUCAGAGGCUUCUUGUCUAUGAAUUUAUGCCCUUGGGAUCAUUGGAAGAUCACCUUCUCGAUCUUCCGCCUGAUAAAGAACCAUUAGAUUGGAACACAAGAAUGAAGAUAGCAGCUGGUGCAGCUAAAGGUUUGGAGUAUCUCCAUGACAAGGCAAAUCCUCCUGUUAUUUAUCGGGAUUUUAAGUCAUCAAACAUAUUGCUAGGUGAAGAAUAUUCCCCAAAGCUCUCCGACUUUGGACUUGCAAAGCUAGGUCCUACUGGAGACAAGUCACAUGUGUCCACCAGGGUCAUGGGAACUUAUGGUUAUUGUGCUCCCGAGUAUGCCAUGACUGGGCAGCUGACAGUGAAAUCUGACGUUUACAGCUUUGGGGUUGUAUUAUUAGAGCUCAUCACUGGACGGAAAGCCAUUGACGGCACCCAACCACAUGGAGAACAGAACCUUGUCGCAUGGGCACGGCGAUUGUUCAAUGACCGUAGGAAAUUCACAAAAUUGGCAGAUCCACGACUGCAGGGCAAGUAUCCUAUGCGAGGUCUUUCUCAGGCUCUAGCUGUGGCGUCCAUGUGUACCCAAGAACAAGCUGCUGGUCGCCCUCUAAUUGGAGAUGUUGUCACUGCACUUUCUUAUUUGGCCAAUCAGGCGCAUGAUACUAGUACAGCUCCGGUGAACAGCUACAGGUUCUCUGGGGACAAGGAUGAUAACAGAAACAAAGAUGAGCGAGGUGGAAAAAUAUUGAGGAAUGAAGAGGGAGGAGGAUCUGGACUCAAAUGGGACUUGGAAGGAUCUGAGAAGGAUGAUUCUCCAAGGGAAACUACGAAAAUUUUGAACAGAGACUUGGACAGGGAACGUGCAGUUGCUGAAGCUAAGAUGUGGGGUGAGAAUUGGCGGGAAAAAAGACGACAAAGUGCCUGAGGAAGUUUCGAUGGCAAUAAUGGGUAGUAACUUCAUCCUUUAUAAAUUGUACAAGGCCCCCUUUGCCAUCCUGCAUAUUGCAUAGGUGAUAGAAACAUCCUAAAACUGUGCUUCAACCAAGCACUAGAAGUUCAAUCUUCUUGUUGAGAGUUAGUUUUAAAACUCGUAAAUAAAAAAAAAAAGGAACACAAUAUGGGCUUUUCUUUUGAAAAUUUCAUUUCCUUCUUUGCAUUUCCAGAUAAGGAAGAAGAGAACAUUUGUGUGUAUAUUUACAGGUGGAACAAUGAGUCAAAGAGUAUUUCUGAAGGAGAUGCUCGAUGCUUCUUCUAUGAAAAACAGAACCUGUAAUUUUACUUGGAACAUUUGGCGUCAGAAUCAUUUUACACAAUACAUAAUCCAGGUGGACAACUUAUUAAUAUCUA